UUUAAACAGAUGAUUUCCCUAAACCAGUGUAAAAGUUGUUUAUUUUAUUGUCUGUCUUAAAAUGGAGUUUCAACGAAAUGAUGCCAUGCUCAUGGAGAUACUGCAGGAUCGGAAGACCAUAACGGGAUUUCUGGACUCUAUUUUUGGCUUCCUUCGACGCAACACCGAUUUUUAUCACACAAAAAGAGAUGAAUCGGACAAGAUAGGCUUCCCCAAGGGUGUGAGGGAUCAAAUUCUUUAUGGCGCCAUGCAGCGGUAUGAUCCGGAUUGCUGGCUGCAAACCAUGACCGCUGAGGAUGGAGGCUGUGGGGAUGAUGGUGAGCUUGCUCCGCCUGCCGUUGAAGAAGUAAUCUUGGAGAGUGUAGCCACACCUCAAGAUAUCGAUUUAAGUCCACCUAUGAAUACACCACAACUAAAUCACAAAGAUGAAGCUACAUUCUCAACCAGCGACUACAAGAACGGAGCCCUUUUCGAAACACACUGCUGGUCACAAACGCUGAAGGAUGUGGAGCUUCAAGUAAAGCUGCCCGAAGGUCUACAAACAGCUAAGAAGCUAUCCAUAAUCAUCAAAUCGCAGUACAUCAAGGUCAACAGUAAACUGAAUCCAGAAAUAGUAAUCCUAGAAGGAAACCUCAGUCAGCGGAUUAAACAUAACGAGGCAGUGUGGACCAUUGACCAGAAUCGACUGCUCAUAAGUUGUGAUAAAUCCAAAGAGCUAUGGUGGGAGCGUCUUUUUGAAGGUGAUCCGGAAAUAGAUCACAAAAAAAUUGACUGCGAGCGAUACAUAGACGAGUUGCCAGAGGAGACGCAAGCCACCAUAGAAAAACUUCGAGUUCAGCAGUUGUCAGCGGAUAAGCAACAGAAUGAGUUCCAGACUUCGAAUCCCGAGCAAGCUAAAACCCUAGACCGGCUCAGAACCGCAUGGGACGCCGAGGGAUCUCCUUUUAAGGGACAGCCCUUUGAUCCUUCAAUUGUUCGAAUGAGUUAGUUUUUAAUAAAGACCUUUGAUUUUUAAAAUUAAA